AUGGCGGGCCACGCCAACCACGAUGCAGGCGACGACAACACGACCAAGGCCCACGCAAACGGCAGCACCGGCGCCGGCGCCAACCGCGAUGAUCGCGCCGAGGCCCCGCAGCGCAAGCCCGCCUGGCGCACCCUGCUCCCGGACUGGGCCGUCGACAACCUCACCCAGCCCCGCAGCUGGCGCAUCUGGUUCCGCUGCUGGCUCUCGGCCUGGGCCGGCUUCGUCCUCAUGAUCCCGCAGUCGUCGCUCCGCGUCCUCGGGCAGGCCGCCUUCUUUGCCAGCAUGAUCUCGUUCAUGGCGCCCCCAAACAUGCCCCUCGUCAUCUCCCUCAUGCUCUACGCCAUCAUCGGCCUCGGCGCCUGCUUCGGCUGGGCCUGGGGCGUCGCCGCCAUGGCCGCCGCCAACGCCGCACGCGACCAGACCGUCAACCAGCAGCGCCUCGUCGUCGCGCAGCAGGGCAUCGCCGGCACCACCAACCCAGAGGCCCAGUUCCAGGCCGUCAUCUUUAGCGGCCGCUUCCUCGACACAAAGUCCUCGGCCGUCCACGGCGUCUUUCUCAUGCUCCUCGCCUACCUCUGCGGCGUCGUACAGGUCAAGCUGCCCAAGCUCAAGAUGGGCGUCAUCUUCACCCUCAUCAUCGCAGACAUCUUUGGCAGCUACGGGCCCCUCUUCCCCUUCCCGCGCUACACGCUCGGCACCCUCUUCAUGAUCCCGCUCGGCUGCGGCGUCGCCAUCGCCCUCGCCACCCAGCUCCUCGUGUUUCCCGAGACGCUCAACUACGCCUGGCAGCUCCAGCUGCUCAAGCUCAUCGGCCUCAACGCAAAGCUCCUCGAGCAGCACCAGUCGGCCCUCGACCGCUGCGCCGGCGUCCUCGACGCCAGCCUCGACGCCUCGGCUCAGGCAUCGGCCGCCGACGUCGAAGCCUUCCAGCGCCUCGCCAAGCAGGGCGAGGACGAAAUCGCGUCCAUCGCCCGCAGCCACGAGGGCGCCGUCAGGCCCAUGCAGCUCGGCACCGUGCAGCUCGCCGGCGCCCUCGCCGACCAGGCGCCUAUGCUCGAGCUCGAGGCCUCCUACAGCCGCCUCUCGGGCAAGGACCUCCGCACUUUUGUCUUGCCCAUCCGCAAGCUCUCGGUCCGCCUGCUCAGCCUCAACGCCUUCUGGAAGCACCUCUGCGACGAGAGCGGCAUCCACGCCGCCGACCAGUACCGCACCGACCAGUACGACGACGACGGCGCCGCCGCCCACCAGUGGCACCGUUCCGACUUCGACGAAAAGCGCCACCUCCGCCCCGCCCGCGUCCACGAGUCGCAGACGAUGCGCCGCCUCCGCCACCGCGUCCUCAAGGCCGAGGCCGAGCAGCACGUCAGCCUCGUCUCGCUCGUCCGCAUUCUCGCCUCGGUCACCGCCGCACCCGUCGCCGCCAACCGCCGCGCACUGGCGUCGGUCCUCACCUACUUUAGCACCGUCGCAAACUGGAAAAAGUCGCCCACGUUCGAGGCGCUCAUCGAGGAGCUGUACGAGUCGCAGCGCGACCUCGAGAAGGCCAAGGAGCAGCUCCUCUCCGACGAGCGCAUGAAGCUGCUGCAGCCCUACAUCGACCACUUCCGCGCCUCUGGCGGCCGGGUGCCCGGCGGCGAACGCGACCGCGACGGCAACGCCGCGCCAGCCUUUCUCGACACCCACAUCUCGAUCCUCCAGCUCCGCAUCGGCGGCCGCCCCUUUUUCGUGUCGCUCGUCUUUGUCACCAACCUCUUUGACGUCAUCGACUCGACGCUCGCGCUGCAGCGCCACACGAUCGACAUGGCCGAGAGGCGCGGCGCCAAAAACAGGCUGUGGAUGCCCACCGGCCUGCGCUCCAUCUGGAAGGUGCUCAGCGGCAAAAAGGGCGCCCAGGGCCUCAGCAAGCUGUCAUCGGAUCACAACAACAACGACGGCUUCGAGCGCACCGAGGAGCUCGACGACGACAUUGCCGAGCGCCGCGGCCCAGGCGGCGGUCGCGACGCCGAAGAGGGUUCCUUUGGCUCGACCCGGAGCUCGCUGCGGCACUACAGCAGCGACGACGACGAGGACGACGACGAGGACGACGAAGAUGGCGCUGACGGCAGCGAUGUUCACCGUCGCCGUACCGCUAGCACCGCCACGCGCGACGAGGAAAAGGCCGCCCCGGGCAAGGGGCCCGCAAAGAAGCGCGGGGCGAACAAGCACGCCUCCGCAGCCGAGCGCCGGCGGUACCAUGAUCGCGAUCCCGACGCGCUGCCGCCCUCUGGCGUGCUGCAGCGCGUCGGUCGCGCCCUCGGUGCGGUCUACUACUUUGCCUGGUCGCCCGCCAGCGUCUACGGCCUGCGCAACGUCGUCGCCACGUUUGCCAUCUGGAUCAUCACCGUCGUUCCGUCGUCGGCGGGCUUUGCGUACCAGAACCGAGCAAUCUGGGCGCUCAUCAUGGCGCAGACUGGCCUGGCGCUGCACGGAGGCGAGCUGAUCUUUUCGCUGAGCCUCCGCCUGGUCGGCACCGUGCUGGGCCUGCUCGCCGGCAUGGUAAUCUGGUACUGCUCGACGGGCAGCGGCAACGGCAACCCGUACGGCAUCGGCGCCGCGACGGCCGUGGGCUUUGUCCCGCUCAUCUUUAUCCGCGCGUUUGCGCCCAUGACGCUGCUGCUGCCGGCGCUGAUGCUGGGCGUGACGACGGUGCUCAUUGUGGGCUACAGCUGGAUCGACUCGCACCUGCCCGUCCUGGCCAACUCGGGCAUCGGCGUCGACGUGGCGUGGCGGCGCGCGCUCCUCGUCCUCAUCGGCAUGGGCGUCGCCUUUGCCGUCAUGAUCUUCCCGCGGCUGACGAGCACGCGCAGCCUGGUCCGCAUGGGCUUUGCGCGCAACACGCGCGAGAUCAACACGCUCUGGUGCAUGGUCAUCGAAAAGUGGCUCAGCACCACGCGCCAGGACCUGGCGCAGGACGCCGCCAGCGGAUUCCGCAACGUCGUCGCAGGCGUCGGGACCAACGCCGGCAGCGGGGACGACGAGCAGACCAACAGGUCGGCCAAUGGCGGCCACGCUGGCAAGGCGUCGAGCGCGGGCACGACGCCGGGCCUCUCGGCGGCGAUCCGGGGCCAGUUUGUCGGGAGCCACAUGCGGCUGGCGACGCUCAUGCAGCAGAUUGGGCUGGCGUCGGUGGACCUGCAGCUGCGCGGGCGGUGGCCCAAGGAGCGCUACCUGGAGCUGGCCUCGAUCCACUCGAUGCUGCUCGAGUCGCUGAUGCAGCUCUACAUCAGCGUCGACGCGCUCCAGGUGACGUCGGAGCUGGGCUCGGCCAACCUGGGCGUCGACCGGCCCGAGCAGCACGAGGCGUGGCGACGCCGCCUGGUGCAGGACACCGGCUUCCUCUACCCGCAGUUUAUCUCGGAGGUGUGCCUGACGCUCGACCUGCUGGGCAAGAGCCUGCGCAGCGGCGAGCGACUGAGCCACUGCCAGUUUGGGCUACUCGAGAACCUGGCGCGGUACAGCUACCUCACCCGCAUCGUUUCCGAGCGGCAGCGGCAGGCGGCCCGCUCCGCCACCGUCGGCGGCGCGGCUGGCGGAGGCGCGGACGCCGUCGACGACGAACUCGUGACGCUCGAGUCGCUCAAGGAUCCCCUCUUUAUGCGGUACAUCACCGCCUCGAUGUCGGUGUUGACGCUCGCGGCGCAGCUGGAUCGGUUCAGAGAGGUGGUCAAGGACCUCGUCGGUCAGGUACCGCUGCCGGGCUUUGACCGACACCGCGACGAGUUUGGAGAGAGGGCGCAGGUCCUCUUUCAAAAGUCGUGA